AGCGCGGUCGGGCUUUAGACCGUAUACUGCUCUGUCGCACGAUAGUUGAUGUCCCGUGUGAGUGACAGUGGAUACUUCAUGUGACAUGUUGCACCACGCAACAAUGACUACCCGAAGCCUCAACUAAUCAUGUGGUUUGAAUCGCAGAAUUGUGCCAUGAUGGGUUUGCAGGCGACAACAGGAAAACGCAAGUUAGAAGCAGCAACAGCCCCCGGUGAGUCAAGUCCAGCAAAGUCAGGACGAUGGGAAGUGGAAGAUUGUAUAGCAAGGCUACAAGCGGUGGCCGUACCGAGCGACCCGUGGCGUUCACCAACGCCAGCAUUGGCGGCCACCCUCCUUUCCAACGACGACUUCGACGACGAAGACGAAUUCGACGACGAGCUUUCGGACGAUGGUACCAGCGUACCAGAUCCGGCCCAUUACAAUGCUCAGCAACCAACCCCAGCCCCGUACCAUCGAUACCAUCACCAUCAUCCGACCAACGAUUACUACCAUCAGUACUACCAACCUCCGCAACAAACGAUACGUUGCGAGGAAAACGGAAAAUCGUACCUGGAGCUGGGCGCUUCGCCUCCGAUUAGGACGCGGUGCUGUGACGGUAGGACGCAUUGGUGUCAUGUGCCCUGCUACCGUCAGCGGCGGCUCGCUGUGUUGAACCUUUCGAUGUGCAAACUGGCGCGGUUUAGACAGUGCACGGACCCGUCGUUACGACGAUCGGUGCUCAUUUGCAACACCCUGAGGAAAAUCGAGCGCGAGAUGGAAUCCGAACCACCCGAACCAUCUUCCUGCUAUCAAACCCUUCCCGAGAUGACGCCGCCGAGUCGACUAUGUCCCGUACCCGAAGUUAAUCUAUACGAACAAAGUUUAAGGGAAAUGACUUCUCAAUCUGGACGGGCAACACCUUUUCCACAAAAUACAACUGAUACAGAUUCAGGAAUAGGUGAUGAUGAAACAACUAGACCUAUAAAUUGGAGUUCUGUCCUAAAUUUAACCUCACAAACAGACCUCGAGUCUUUGAACAACAAUGAUCUGUACGCCGAGUUGGGACUCGGCGGAGAUACUCAGGAAUGGUCGGCGUCCAGCGGAAGUCAUCUGAUGACGACGACGACGACGUCCACGACGAUGGUAACGACGCCGAGUCGACAGGAGUACGAAUGGGAUGGUUUUAUACAGGUCCUAGUAGGUGGCUCGUAGCGCCAGCCGUUUUAGAGCUAUUCAGCUCUCCACUCAGGUUGUGAUUUAACUUAAUAUUACAUACUAAAAAAAGACUAGUGCAGUACAGGAAUUGUGCAGCUAA